AUGGCGGCAUCUAGCAGAGAGGAGCUAAAAGAAGAAAUUCAGGAACUGAGACGAGAGGUGUUGGAGUAUGAACCGGGCAAAGCAUCGGUGCAUCCUGAACGAGUUGAAUUCCCGGAGAAUCUUUACAUAGGCCUUUUUGGUCGAACAGGAUGCGGGAAAACAUCACUGAUAAAUUCCUUGAAGUUUGCCGCUCAUGGAAAAUUGCGAAGAGCUAAAUGGCUGCAGGUAGCGACACAGGAGAAGGCUGGUGGGCACACCAUGUACAGAAGAUUUGCUGAUAUUACCAAGAGGAUUUUUGUGAUUGAUAAUCGAGGUCUCGAUGACCCAAACACCGAUAGAGCAACUGCUGAACUUCUUGCACAGUUAGCUGGAGAGCGAGGCUACGCAUCCAAAGUCGAAUGGCAAGAGGAAGGAGGCGAGAACGAGCCAGAUACCUCAGAACUGGACUUGGACCAGGAAAACAAAGGACACCCAAUUGGCUGUGCUGUCUUUGUAUUCAGCGCUAAACAUGAUUUUGAAAAUGAUACUGGGUUGAUGGAUGUUGUGGACUUAUUACACAUAUAUCAAGGUCGCUAUCCAGUGGCUGUCAUUACCCACGUAGAUGUGACAGGGAAAGACAACGUUGAAACCCUCAAAACAGUGCUGCGCGUGUGUGGUAUCAGUGACAUCUUCGAGGUCGCCAACCUGACCGACGAAAAGGCAAAACUAGAAGAAGAGUACCAACUCAGUCUCCUGAGCUUCAUCGAGAGGUGCAUGACAGACGGCGACGAAACACUCGUUUUUAAAUACUACCAGCAGAAGGAGGAAAGGCGAAGACAGGAGAUCAAGAAGAAGCAAGAAGAAAAGGAGGCUAGCAGACAGGCUGAGCUCAGACGAAUUAUGGAAGCAAACAAACAAAAGCAGAGUUCAUGUUCAAUACUUUGAUUUCUAGGCCUGCCUAAGAUGAUAAUGUGCAGGGACCACGAACCUAUUUUUAAAAUGGGGGGAUGUAGAAAAUGGUAUUUGUUCAAAAUUAAAUGGGCAGCUCCCGCUAUGUGCAUUGGUGUGUGAGCUAGAGUUCAUGUGUGGUUACUUUGUUAAAGAGAUAGAGAGAGAGAGAGAGAAAGGAAGAAAGAGAGAAAGAGAGAGAGAAAGAAAGAAAGAAAGGAGAUAGCAGUGAAGGCGUGUAGGCUAAUGUAUAUAUCUGAAUUUGGGCCUACAAAGAAAAUUAUGCGCGAUUCCAGCAAACAUAAUCCACAGAUUUAGUAAUGACUAAAUUCUCCGGAAUCGUUUAUGAUAUACUGGAUUCUAAUUUUGAUUGUUCAACUAAAGAGGGGGCGUAAAACGGUGGUUUCGACAUCUGGCGUGACCAGUGAUCACAUUUCAAUUCCCAUUAGGUGUUAUAAUGCCCUUUGGAAAGGCAUUUAUUACGCUACCAGGUCCCUUGGAGAAUACCUUAACACUUUUGGUUAUCUGUUUGCUUGCUAGUUAGCAAUCAAUCAAUAAACAAAGCCCCAUUAGUACUUAGAACAGUCUAAAGAUUGUUUUGAUCAGAACCCAUCAAUACCCAAGUGUUUGUACAUACAGUAUGAAAGUCCUCGUCAACCAUGUGUAAAACAUGACAAACAUAUCAAACAUGACAUGACUAUAAAAAGGUUUCUGGUCUA